GUCCCUCCCUCCCCUUCCCUCCUCUACAUGACCGCUCUCUCCUUCUACACAGAGUGGAUGAAGACGCUGUCAGGAGAGUGCAGGAUCCAAAAAUAGGACUUAAGAAAUGUGGCUUUUAUACCUCCUGGUGUCAGUCCUGUUCUGCAGGCUGGGAGGCUCCAUCCCCAUCGCUCAGGAGCUCUAUGGGGAGGUGACUUCCCCUCUGUACCCCAAGCCUUACCCCAACAACUUUGAGACCACAACUGUGAUCACAGUUGCCACAGGAUACAGGGUGAAGCUCGUCUUCUGGCAGUUUGACCUGGAGCCUUCUGAAGGCUGUUUCUAUGACUAUGUCAAGAUCUCUGCUGAUAAGAGAACCCUGGGGAGGUUCUGUGGGCAACAGGAUUCUCCACUGGGCAACCCCCCAGGAAAUACAGAAUUUAUAUCUGAAGGAAACAAGAUGCUACUGACCUUCCACACAGACUUCUCCAACGAGGAGAAUGGCACCAUGAUGUUCUACAAAGGCUUCUUGGCCUACUACCAAGCUGUGGACGUUGAUGAAUGUGUUUCCCAGCAAAAUGCAGUUAAGGAGGAUUCCCAGCCCCGGUGCCAACACCUUUGUCACAACUAUGUUGGCGGUUACUUCUGUUCCUGUCGUCCAGGCUAUGAGCUUCAGAAGGAUGGACAUUCCUGCCAGGUUGAGUGCAGCAGUGAGCUGUACACAGAGCCAGCAGGCUACGUGUUCAGCAUGGAGUACCCCCAGCCCUACCCCCCUGACCUGCGCUGCAACUACAGCAUCCGAGUGGAGCGGGGCUACACCAUCCACCUCAAGUUCCUGGAGCCUUUUGAAAUUGAUGACCACCAGCAAGUACACUGCCCCUAUGACCAGCUACAGAUCUAUGCCAGUGGGAGGAACAUCGGCGAGUUCUGUGGGAAGCAAAGACCCGCUGACCUUGACACCAACAGCAAUGCUGUGGAUCUGCUGUUCUUCACAGACGAUUCGGGGGACAGCCGGGGCUGGAAGCUGCACUAUACCACUUCAAUCAUCAAGUGCCCGCAGCCCAAAACCCUAGAUGAGUUCACCAUCAUCCAGAACCUGCAGUCUCAGUACCAGUUCCGUGACUACUUCAUUGCCACCUGCAAACAAGGCUACCAGCUCGUUGAGGGCAACCAGGUGCUGCUUUCCUUCACAGCUGUCUGCCAGGAUGAUGGCACAUGGCAUCGUGCCAUGCCCAGGUGCAGGAUCAAGGACUGUGGGAAGCCCCAAAGGAUACGUAAUGGGGCCUUCAUGUAUAUCACCACAAAGAGCGUGAACACCUACCAGGCCCGUAUCCAGUACUACUGCAAUGAGCCAUAUUACAAGAUGAAGACCAGAAGUGGUAGCAGCAAGUCCGAGCAAGGGAUAUAUACCUGCACAGCCCAGGGCAUUUGGAAGAGUGAAGAGGAAGGAGAGAAGAUUCCUCGGUGUUUGCCAGUGUGUGGGAAACCCAUCCACCCUGUGGAAGAGAAGCAGCGCAUCAUUGGAGGGCAAGAAGCCAAGAUGGGCAACUUCCCCUGGCAGGUGUUCACCAACAUCUAUGGGAGAGGGGGUGGAGCCCUGCUGGGCGACCGCUGGAUCCUCACAGCUGCCCACACCCUCUUCCCCAAGGAGUACAGCUCGCAAGCCAAUGCCAGCAUAGAUGUGUUCAUGGGCCACGUAAGCGUGGAAGAGAUCACAAAACUAGCAAACCACCCUGUCCGCAGGGUCCACAUCCACCCAGACUACCACCAGGAAGAGUCCCACAACUUUGAGGGGGACAUUGCCCUCCUGGAACUGGAAAAUAGUGUCACCCUAGGCCCCAACCUCCUGCCCAUCUGCCUCCCUGACAACGAGACCUUCUAUGAGAGGGGACUCAUGGGCUAUGUCAGUGGAUUCGGGAUAAGGGAAGAUAGGCUCGCUCAUAAUCUCAGAUUUGUCCGUCUGCCCAUGGCUCAACGAGAGCUAUGUGAGAAGUGGCUCCGGGAUAAAAACAGGAAAGACGUGUUCUCUGAAAACAUGUUCUGUGCUGGGGACCCGACUCAAAAGCAGGAUGCCUGUCAGGGGGACAGUGGAGGGGUCUAUGCAGUGAAGGAUGCGAACGACCGCUGGGUGGCCACGGGCAUAGUAUCCUGGGGCAUCGGGUGUAGCAGGGGGUACGGAUUCUACACCAAAUUACUCAGCUACGUGGACUGGAUCAAGAAAGAGAUGGAGGGAGAGGGCUGAGCCCACAAUUCACUAGUUCAGAAUCCAGAGUGUGUAAAAAAGAGUUAUUUGACUAGUUGUUGAUAACCACUAAAAAUCCAUAUUAAAAUCACUGAUGCAGAAAAACACUGUGUGAAAUAAAUUCUCUUUUCUAUAAUCCCAUCCACAUUCUUCAUCUGUAACAACCCAAAGGUCACCUUUCUUUCCUCCAAGGAUUGCAGAAUACACAAUCUCUAGUUACCACUGUCCUCUUCCAUUGUUUAUACCUUUGGGUAACUGUGUAAGGCUCUUUCCAAAUAAAAUUUUAUGAGAAA